AUGGUUCUGGAAGAGUCCCUUCGCACGCACGCCACGUCGUUUGCGGAGGCGCUGGAGGUGUUGUGCCAGAGACAUAACCUGGACCUGACGAAGCUGGCUGUGACAGGUGUCGCCAUCUUUCUGGCUCUGCACCUCUGGGCCUUCGGCCGGGAUGUAAGGCCACGGCGAGCCUUCGAACAGUGGCGAAACUUCUCCGGCCCAACCUCUGAGAAGCAGCGCCAAAAAGAUGCGCGCAUCGAACGGGAGCUCCAUGCACUUAGAGAGCAGUUUCUCGUGCUGUCCACCUCGUUGUUCUUCCAUCUCCAAUGCCUGGUGAUUCUCUGGCACGUUUUCGAGUUUUGCAGCAGCCCCGGCAUCAGCAGAGCUGUGCAGCUGGCAACAGGCGCUUUCCCAUACUGUAUGCAUGGAGUGAUUGCCCGGCGAAUGAUCCGUUUGACCCCGAGAAGCCUACGUAUCGUGGCGUCGCUGUACUUCCUGAGCUUCAAUUGCUUUGUGCUUCUCCAAUCGGUGGAGCACGGCACGAACGAUCCGGUGGCACAGCAGAUUUACCAGGUCGGCAGUCGGUUCGCCAUGACGAUGAUCUUCAUGGACACAGCUUUCAUCAUGCCAGCGCAGAUCAUCACCUCCUUCUCCGAGUGCUUUGCAUAUUGGAAGUUCAAGGGGGACUUCGCCUUACUCACGUCCUUCAUGAUUGGACAAGGUCUGACUUGCAUCGCGUGCGUUGCUUUCUCGGCGGCCUGUCAGUACACGCUGUACAAGUACAUCGAGGCCUCCCUCGAAUCGGCGGGAGCAGGAUCGAUGGUGGCUGGAUUCCGCGAGGUUUUGCGUGGUAUUUGUGAUGGGGAGGUCCUCUUGGACGCGGACUUCAGGAUCCAGGGGGAAUCCCCCUGCUUACAACACAUCCUCAUGUCCCAGAAGAGCCUCGUCGGCAAAGCCUUCCCGGAGUUGCUGGACGAGGAGGAGCGAAAGAUGUUCCAUGAGUUCAUCAAAUCAUCCACCGAGGCGGCGAGCACCGCUGGUGACGGAUGGGAAGAGGAGUCGUUGGCUGCUAGGCCGUGCCACCGAGUGUCUCUGCGGGGAGCUUGCAACAUCAAGGCCUCUGUGGAUAUUUUCCACGUCCCGGUAGUGGACCAGAUGAAUGAGGAAAUCUUGCACCUCAUCGCGUUCCGCGAGGACAACGAGUCCAAGCACCUGCCGGAGGCAGAAGCAGACAUUGGCAGCGACUGGCUCGAUCUUUUGCGCCGGCAGCAGGACCAAGCCUCCUCACCUGAGCGUGUACUUCGGCACGCGGCAAGCAAAGCUUCCGAGACCUCCGCGGGCUACCUUCUGCCGGCCUGUCCGGAGCUGGCAGAGCUGACUAUUCUAGUGGACAUGGAAUCCGCCCGCCUGGAUAUCGCGCAGGCACAUCUGCGGUACAAGCGUAUCAGCGAUGAUGCCGGAGAAAUGCCUUGCCUGCGAAGCCUCAUACUGCCCACUGACUGGGAGACAGUGCGAGGCAAAGCAGAGAGGUUCGCUCGAAAGAUACGCGAAGGACGAGUAUCCCAGCCGAAGCCAAUGAACGGCCUUCGAAUCAAGAUGCCGAGCGAUCCUCGAAAGUACAUGAUUGCGCGGAAGGCUGAGUUUCUCCCCUGCAUGGCGCAGAACCAGGGGGAGGAGGCUGCUCGGCCACGACAAAAGCUCUGGGUGCAUUUCUCCAACUUCGUCGAAGAGAAUUCACGGGUCCGUUCUCCGCUUGACCUCAUCGGAAUUGGAGAAGCCGGAGCCCGGAGAACCCGGUCAUACGGUUGA